GUUGACGGCGGGCAAUGCAGCGGGUCGCGAAGCAGGGCCUUCGCCGAUGGCUCUCGUCGACGCACUCGAGCCCGCUCACGAAGCACUUUAAUGAGAACCCGGAGAAGGCCAUGGCCGUCUUCCGCGGCCUCGACACGCUGGGCAUGGUCCCGGACGCGGUGCAGGUGCGCGGUAUCCUCGUGACGCUGAGCCGCGGCCAGCACGCCGCCGAGGUGCGCGAGGUGCUCGAGUACGCCAUCAAGCGCGACGUUGCAAUCAACUGGAACGACUUCUUUCGGAGCGGCGUCGAGCACGCGCAAUCGUCGUCGAGCGAUCUCAUUGCGCUCUUUGAGUCGGCGGUCGCGAUCAACCCGUCGGCGAUGCCGACCUCGAGCUACAUUACAAUGAUCCGCCAGUGCCUCAAGACGCGCGACAUGGCGCGCGCAGUCGCUCUCUACAAGCACAUUCAAGACCACGACUUUAAGCUGCACCAGCUCAACAAGAGCGUCAUGCGCGUGCUCAGCGAGCUCGGCGUCGCCGGCGUGGACGCGGCGGCUGUCGCCAAAGCGCAAAACCUGACACUCGACAUGUACGUGCACCGCACGCGGUCGGACGGCGACAUGGCCGCGUACUUGGAGGCGGUUCUCGCCGUCAACCCGAGUUGUCUCGUCUCGUGCCUGCGCAUGAUCUUGCGCAAGGACACGUCGCCCGUGCCCGACCAUCGGCACGACCAGAUCCAAACGCACAUUGCCGACGCGACGCCGAUCUUUGACUACUGCAGCAAGCACGAUCUGGAGAUUCCGCCGGAGCUUUUCACGUGGUACUUUCUCAAGUGCAAGCGCAUCCACGCGAACCCGAGCGCGGUCGUGACGCAGUUUCUGGCCAUGAUGAGCGCCGGCCGCGUCUCGCUCAGCGUCGCCACGUGCAUGUCAGCGGUGCACAGCUGCGUUGGCGUCCGCGAGAACCAGCUCGCGAUCGAGGUGCUCCGCGUCGCCAUCGCCCGCGAUUUGCCGAUGGACCAGUGGCACUACAACACGGCGCUCUGGCUCUGCUCCAAAACGACCGACUCGCACAUGGCGCUCGCGCUCUUCAACCGCAUGCGGGCGACCGAGACCAUUGCGCCGAGCGAGAAGACGCUGACCGCCGUCCUCUUGAACUUGCGGCAGUCGACGACCGGGUGGGACCUCCCGACCGUCCUCGCCUACUUCGCACAGCACAAGAUCAAACCCACGAGCUGGGAAUACUCGCAGCUCGUCGAGAUUUUGUCGUCGACGCCGUCGAUCGCUUACCCGGUCAUGGAGCAGCUCAAGCCGUCCAAGACCGAUGCGCCUCAGCCGCCGACCAAGAAGCAGCCAACCGAGAAGCCCAAGCGCACCCCGAUCCACCAGACACACCGGCCGCGAACUGCGUCGUCCGAGUCGCGCCGGGAAGCGUACAACCCCCAUAGCCGCGACCACCGCAGUAGUAGCAACAAGGAGCGGCGUCUGCCCAAGUCGUGGCAGCCGCGGCAAGAAUCGCCGUCCGAGGCACCCGAGCCGCCGAAAGCACCAGAGCCCAAGAAGGAGAGCAGCUGCAGCAUCAUGUAAGGCGUUCGAACAUGCACCACUUUUGUUCAGUUGA